AUGACAGUUGGUGGAAGUACCCGCGUGGCGGCGCAGCUCUCCUUGGAUGGGUCGUAUCUCACGAAGUCUGGCCUCACUUGUCAGGCGCGCCUCGCGCCGGACAACAAUCCGCUACCACCAAGCCUCAACGCCUCGACGUCGGGCGCUCCGUAUACUGGACGCGUCGCCCUCAGCUGCGUCGAGCCGGCUGACACCGAGUUGGCGAGCGAGGCCAUCGACUAUCAUCAACCCCGCGACGCUGGGGCGCUGCUCGACCCAACCCUGGUAACCGAUGGACUGAUCUGCUAA